AUGAAAGGUGUAUCAAAGCACUUACAAUUGUUGCGACCAAACACCUUACACCGUUGUUCAUACAGUGGUAACUCCUCAUUCGUAUCUUCACACUAUGUGCCCACCGAGACGGAAUCACUACUCAACCUUUGUUACCAGCGAGACCUUCCCAAAGCCAUGCAUGUGUUGGAUGCCAUGGAAAGACGCCAAGUCUGGGCCGAUGCUAUCACUUAUUCUGAGCUCAUCAAGUGUUGCUUGGCUCACGGCGCUGUCAGGGAAGGAAAACGCGUUCACCACCACAUAUUCUCAAAUGGGUACCACCCCAAAACGUUUCUGACCAACACUCUCAUCAACAUGUAUGUCAAAUUCAACCUCUUGGAAGAAGCACAGGUGCUGUUUGAUAAAAUGCCUGAACGGAACGUUGUGUCCUGGACGACUAUGAUAUCUGCUUACUCUAAUGCCAAGCUCAAUGACAGGGCGAUGAGGCUCUUGGUUUUUAUGUUUAGGGAUGGUGUCAUGCCUAACAUGUUUACUUUCUCUUCUGUUUUGAGAGCGUGUGAGAGAUUGUCUGAUCUCAAACAGCUGCAUUCUUGGAUAAUGAAAGUGGGGUUGGAGUCUGAUGUAUUUGUUCGAAGUGCGCUUAUUGAUGUUUACUCGAAAUUGGGGGAGUUAUUGGAAGCUUCGAGUGUUUUUCGUGAGAUGAUAACUGGAGAUUCUGUUGUUUGGAACUCAAUUAUUGCCGCUUUUGCUCAGCACAGUGAUGGGGAUGAGGCUUUACAUCUUUACAAGAGCAUGAGAACAGCGGGUUUCCCAGCGGAUCAGUCAACGCUUACGAGUGUUUUGAGAGCGUGUACUAGUUUGUCGUUGUUGGAGUUAGGGAGGCAGGUCCAUGUUAAUGUGCUAAAGUUUGACCAAGAUCUUAUCCUCAACAAUGCCCUUUUAGAUAUGUAUUGUAAGUGUGGUAAUUUGGAGGAUGCAAAGUUCAUUUUCAACCGGAUGGCCAAGAAGGAUGUAAUCUCCUGGAGCACAAUGAUUGCUGGGUUAGCCCAAAAUGGUUUCAGUACGGAAGCACUCAAUUUAUUUGAGUCCAUGAAAGUGAAGGGUCCAAAACCAAACCAUAUUACAAUUCUUGGGGUUCUGUUUGCGUGUAGUCAUGCGGGGCUAGUACAUGAAGGUUGGAUCUAUUUUCGAUCUAUGAAGAACUUGUAUGGGGUAGAUCCUGGAAGAGAACACUAUGGGUGCAUGCUUGAUCUUCUUGGAAGAGCUGGAAAGCUUGAUGACAUGGUUAAGUUAAUUAAUGAAAUGAAUUGUGAGCCAGAUAUUGUUACGUGGAGGACUUUGCUUGAUGCAUGCAGGGCUCGUCAGAAUGUGGAUUUAGCCACGUAUGCUGCUAAGAAGAUUCUAAAGUUGGAUCCACAGGACACAGGAGCCUAUGUGUUGUUAUCUAAUAUUUAUGCAAUUUCGAAAAGGUGGAAUGAUGUUGCAGAAGUUCGGAAGACAAUGAAAAUAAGGGGCAUAAGGAAAGAACCUGGAUGUAGUUGGAUUGAAGUCAAUAAGCAAAUACAUGCUUUUAUUUUGGGAGAUAAAUCGCAUCCUCAAAUAGAUGAGAUCAAUAGAAAAUUGAACCAGUUUAUUUGUAGACUAACUGGUGCUGGUUAUGUACCUGACACAAAUUUUGUACUACAAGAUCUUGAAGGGGAACAGAGAGAAGACUCUCUUAGAUACCACAGUGAGAAACUUGCAAUUGUUUUUGGUAUCAUGAGCUUUCCAAAGGAGAAAACUAUUAGAAUAAGGAAGAACCUAAAGAUUUGUGGAGAUUGUCAUAAAUUUGCAAAACUUAUAGCAAAGUUAGAGCAACGGCAUAUUGUAAUUAGAGACCCUAUUCGAUACCAUCAUUUUCAAGAUGGGGUCUGCUCCUGUGGUGACUAUUGGUAG